AAAACAAAACCGCGAAACGCCUUCACCUCUGCCGUCAGUGUGAGCGGAUCGCCGCACCGUGCCGCCCGCCCGCCCGCCUGAGCUCCGGAGAACGGAGAGAGAGAGAGAUACGGAAAGAGAAAGAGAGAGAGAGAGAGAGGGGAAAAGAGAGAGAGAGAGAGAGAGAGAGAGAGAGGGAGGGAGUGAGAGAGGGAGGGAGAGAGACAGAGAGAGCAAGUGAGUGAAAGAGUGAGUGAGAGCGAGUGCGCGUUUCAACAGCGUGCCAUUGAAUACACACAGAUACAGAGAGAGAGAGAAAAAGAGAGAUAUAGAAAGAGAGAAAUAUAGAUAGACAGACAGACAGUAAAAAACAGGAGGGUAAAAAAAUCACCGGACCUUUAGACGUCGCCUUCCCGUUUUUCUCCCCUCCUCACGGGGCUCUUGGAUGAACCCGAACCCGGCGAGCUCCACCUGGACCCGCUGAGAGCGCGCUCAGAGCAGGCAUGUCCCGCAGAAAGCAGAGCAACCCCCGGCAAAUCAAGCGCUGAGGUGGAAGCAGGGUGGAUUGUCAUCUCUGGAGGAGUCUUUUGACAGAGGGCCUCUCUUCUCUGCUCUGUUGAAAGGUCCUCUUGAAGAUGGUCUGGAAGAAGAAGAGGAGGAAUGUGUAUCUGAUGGAAACGAGCUGGUGGCUAAAGAUGAGUUCUCCAUGGAGGAGAACUUCACGGCGGACUUUGAGACGGAGAACCUCACCUGUGAGGACAUGGAGUACUUCUGCAACAAAGGAGAUGAGAACAGCAGCAGAGAAAUGGGGGACACAGACAUGGAGGGGCAGAAUGAGAAGACGAGACAUCCCCCUCUGGAAUCAGAAGAGUGGGAUGGACCAAGAGAGCUAGAUCUGCUGAACAAAGAUGGCGAGCGCAGAAUUCACAGCCGCCAGCAGCUUCCUGUAGGAACCACGUGGGGACCGUUCGAUGGAAAGAUUGAGAUGAGCACCGAAACGACCGGCCUGAAGACCAAGGCCCCAGUCCCGGUGGUUUUGAGCUCGGGCCCCAGGUGGCUGUUGGAUGUGACUUGGCAGGGAGCGGAAGACAACAAAAACAACUGUGUGGUGUACAGCAAAGGUGGCCAGCUCUGGUGCACAACCACAAAGAACAUAAUGGAAGGAGAAGAGCUGGUGGCGUUUGUGGUGGACUUUGACUCUCGGCUGCACUCGGUCAAUCAUAUGUCUCUGAGUGAGGGCAUGUACCCAGCACGCCUGUUGGACACCAUCCAGCUCCUACCCCAGCAAGCUGCCAUGGCCUCCAUUCUCCCUACUGCUAUAGUCAACAAGGACAUCUUCCCAUGUAAGGCAUGUGGGAUCUGGUUCAGAAGCGAGAGGAAUCUGCAGGCUCAUCUCAUGUACUACUGCAGUGGGCGACAGAGGGAGCCAGAGAGUGCACCCGAAAAGAACGAGGUGAACCCUCACCAGACCCCCAGCACCUGCCCUUUCCCACAGUGCAACAAGAGCUUCACCAGCCCUCGUGCUCUGGAGAUGCACCUAAACACACACAGUGGUGUCAAAAUGGAGGAGACUCUUCCCCCUGGCACCAGCUUGAAAUGCACAAUCUGUAACUACACAGCGGAUUCUCUCAUUACAUUCCAGCACCACAUCCUCACUCACCUGUCACAGGCGGCCUUCAGAUGCAAUCACUGCCAUAUCAGCUUCCAGAACCACAGGGAACUCUUGCAGCAUCAGGACUUACACGGCCACUCCGGCAAGCUUCACAGGGAGAGCGACAGCGAGCAUUCCCCGCGGGGGGCGGAGGAGUGCCUGCAGCAGGCCCGAGCCGAGCUGGCAGUCAGGAAGGAUGUCGUCCUGCAGAGUCCCAAAAGCGUGCCCAACAAGGACGGCACCCCCGAUGGAGAGCUGGAAAGAACCGAGAAAAAGCUGGCACUCGGACUGCAGAAAGGAGAAGGCCACCCAGGCGGCAAGGCUAGCUUCUCCUACACCAGAAUCAAGUCGGAGCCUUCCAGCCCCAGACUGGCCUCUUCACCAGUUCAGCACAACAUGGGUCCCACCUUUCCCAUGGGCCCGUUCUUGUCGCAGUUUGCGUUCUCCCAAGACAUUUCUGUAGUACCGCAAGCGUCUGAAAUUUUAGCCAAAAUGUCAGAACUUGUACAUCGCAGACUACGCCAUGGAGGAAACAGUUACCCACCAGUUAUAUACAGUCCUCUGAUGCCAAAAGGUGCAACCUGUUUUGAGUGCAACAUAACCUUCAAUAACCUAGACAACUACUUAGUCCACAAGAAGCACUACUGCAAUAGUCGCUGGCAGCACAUGACAAAGUCUCCAGAUUUCUCAAGCGUUUCAGACAAGGUGACGGACACUGUCAGCCCAAACAGUGGUCAUAGUUCUGUAGGGAUGCUCACCGGAUGCCACCCCUCAGAGACUGAUAAUCAUCUAAUGCCAUCAGCAUGCUUGAAUUCAUCAGUUUUGGACAUUAUGAACGCUGGUGGCAAAGUGCCUGAUAAAGAUCUCACUGGACAGGUGAAAAAGGUCACCACUCCAACAGGGGUUGAAGACAGGCUCAAUGGUAAGCAGGCAGAGGUCAAAAGUCCCAGUAUUCCCCCGGUGGAGACUGAGAACGACCCCAACAAAACCACCUGCGAGGCCUGCAACAUCACCUUCAGUCGGCACGAAACCUUCAUGGUACACAAGCAGUACUACUGUGCCACACGUCACGACCCACCCAUGAAGCGCAUGUCUGCUAACAAGGUUCCCGCCAUGCAGAGAACCAUGAGGACACGCAAGCGCAGAAAGAUGUACGAAAUGUGUCUGCCAGACCAGGACCACAGACAGCCAAUGGGGCCGCAGCCGGGAUUUCUGGGUGUCCCCGCUUUGGGAAACCCAUGUACAACCCAAGAAACCGUGGAAAGUCUGGCCGAUCGCUUUCAUCCUCGCUGUGACGUCUUUCCAGGGAUGGUCCCAAAACACCUCGAGGCUUCCCUAACCGUCUCAAAAUCCAUCCUAGCUCCCAAAAGCAAUGCCAUCACUGACCAACAAGAGCUGGAUGCACCGAUUGAUCUCAGCAAAAAGUGCUCGCCCGUCUCUGACAAGACAUGCAACUCGCCCAAAAGACUCCUAGACUAUCACGAAUGCACCGUGUGCAAGAUAAGUUUCAACAAGGUGGAGAACUACUUGGCCCAUAAACAGAACUUUUGCCCAGUUACAGCUGCUCAGCACAGUGAGAUUGCCAACCUAGAGCAGCCUGUGUUCCCAGGCAUAAAGAGCGAAGGCAAUAAUCCCGACGACAUGUACGACAAGAGCCCUGUGAAAUGCGAGAAAAACGGCGGCACCAAGCUGAUGGUGCAGAAUGGCGGUAUGUUCCCUCCUCACCUCGGCCCCGUGCCGGAUCUGAAGGCUUUCGGUGACCCUCAGCUCAUGCCCUCCAAAGACGAGAACAAGAACAUGUUCUUGCCUCACUGCCUUUAUCCUGGAGCAAUAAAAAAGGUGAAGGGCGCAGAGCCUAUAUCGCCAUAUUUCGGGAUAAAGCCAACUGAUUUCAUUGCAGGGGGCAUGGUUAAGCAGGGGGAAGGCGGAGAGCAGGAACAGGGUACUAACGGAGCGAGCGAAGAAAGCAAAGAGCAACCCGCCUCCAACGGCUGCCCCAACCCCGGCAAAGAAGCACUGCCCCUGCUCCCCAAAAACAGGGGGAUGGUCAUCGUCAACGGUGGUCACAACAAACAUGACGAGAGCCAGGCAGCAUCCGCUCAGCAAGAAAACCAGCCCAACAACGCCUCUCCGCCCGACAGUCAAACGUCACCAUCAUGGGGCACAGAGAACCCCCCAGAUGCCAAUGACAAUGCAUCACCUACAUCUAAAUCGCCAACCGAGGAGACGCCACCCGUCGCCGCCAAAGGCAUGAACGGGUCGGCUCAGCCAGCCGGAAGCGGCAAGUACUGCCGCCUCUGCGACAUCCAGUUCAAUAACUUGUCAAACUUUAUCACUCACAAGAAGUUUUAUUGCUCGUCACAUGCUGCUGAGCACGUGAAAUGAAAACAUGCCCUCUCCCCCUCUCUUCUUCCUCUUCUUCUUCUAUCUCUCCCUCUCUCUCCCUCUCUUUCACUCACCCCUCCUCCCCCUUCCCUCUCUCUUUUUGGCUACACUGUCGUGUCUGGAAUAGUGCAUCAUGCAGUUUUAUAUGCUGCUUGUGGACAAUCAAGAGAAGCUUCAUCUUUCGUCACGUCAUUUUUCCAUCAAGACUUAAAUGCAAAAUCAUUGAUGAGGAAAAGAAAAUUCCAAGUGUAAUAUUGGUGCCACUUUCACAUUUAUUUAUUUUACAAUCAGUAUUAAUAGGAGUAGUGAUCUUAAUUUAAACACAAAGGAAAUUUAUAUCAGAGUUGUUUGUAAUGUUAUUGUAUAGUCAUUCUUGUGUAGCAAACAUUGUUUACAUUGUAUUGUAGGUUCAACAAGACAAUAGACACAAUACAAAACAAAUGCAUUUUAGACACAAAAAUAGCUACUGAAGCACUUGUGUAUUCUUAUUUGCUGUAAGUUUUUUUUUUCUCUCUCUCUCUGUGUUUAUGCCUAAACGUCACUUACAGAGGGACACUCACGAAUUCUCAGCCUUAAAAAACACUGUACGGAGGGAUAACCAGGCACAACUCUGCAGCUCACGUUCAGGCAUUCACACACGGCUUUGCAUAUGUAUGUAGCGGUCGGUCUCCGUCUCUUUUCUUCAAUUCAGAAGUGGAUGUUUUAAUGAGGAUGGCAGCGUUCUUGUAUAGUACUCGUAUUUCAGUUUGCGAUACAUUUUGGUCGUCCCUUUUUAAAAUUUGCUCUCAACGCAAUACUUUGUAAAAGAUAAAAAAGGGAACAUUACUGAAAGCAGUAUUAUGGAAAUGGCGAUGGAAAUGCUGAGAAACACGGCGGAUAUUUCUAACCCAUCAGAAAAAAAUAUAUAAAAACAAAAAAAACAAUUGUAUGAAAGUGAGUUUAUUGAUGUUAAUAAACGGGGCGGGACGGCAUUUCGGGAGGGAUACUGUAAAAAUGAUCAUUCCAAUGUCCUUAUUAUGGAAUAAAAAAAAUAUUUCUUAAAAAUGUUGUUGCUAUGCAUGUAUAUGGAUGGAAUAAAAUUCCAGAGCUGUUGGAAAUUUUUAUUUUGAUGUGGUGUCAAUUAAACUUCGAUCCUCAGGAUGAA